AGUAUAAUAACAAACUAUAUCUCUGCGUGCUUGUAUGGUUUAGACUACACCCAUCUCUUUCCUAUCCAGUUAUUGCAGCCAGGUCGUUAUUGUGAAUGCUGAUGAAUUUCACUUUUUAUCUGGCAGAUAUCUUUCAGAAUGGUGUCAUUCUGAAAACGAAUGCGUAGGAAUAAUUUAAUUUUAGCACAUGUGAAAAGUUUUUUUCUUCCGGGGAGUUGUAUAUUUUUCCAAUUAUUUGUUUUCUUUCUCCUCAUGGAACAAAGACGAUCAUCAACACGGAGAGGGCAGACAAAAUGGACUUCAAUAAUAAUGGUUUUGAUGUCGUUUUGGAGCAGCUCUUCAGCGCAAUUCCGGUAUUCUGUCCUCGAAGAAGCUCCAGAAGGAACAAUUGUUGGAAACAUUGGAAAGGAUUUAGGUCUUGAUAACACCAUGCGGAGGGAAAGGGGCAUGCGUAUUGUUUACGGGUCGAAAGAGCCUCCUUUUAUAGUCAAGCAAGACGAUGGUGUCUUGUACGUGAACGGAAAAAUUGACCGGGAGGAAAUCUGCGAACGAAGAAAGGACUGCCUUAUUGACUUAAAGCUGGUGCUUCAAAACCCGCUGGAGAUUAAUCAUGUCAUUGUGGAGAUUGUGGAUGUUAACGACAAUUCUCCCAUAUUCCAGCAAAAAGAAAACAUCUUGGAUGUUUCUGAAUCUGCGUUGCCAGGAGCAAAAUUCCAGUUGCAAGCUGCGCGGGACGCUGAUAGUGGUUUAUUAUCUGUUCAGCAAUACAGGUUGAGUCAAAAUAGACAUUUUCGAUUAGACGUGAAAGAUCGCGGUGAAGACCGCAAAACACCUAGUUUAGUUCUCGAAAAGCCUCUUGACAGAGAAUCAGUUAAAAGUCAUGUGUUACUUCUGACAGCAUUAGAUGGAGGUAAACCUCCACGAUCUGGUAACAUGACAAUAGUUGUUAAUGUUUCUGACGCUAAUGACAAUCCGCCAGUUUUUAGUCAGGAAUCAUACACUGUGUCAUUAAAAGAAAACUCCCCUGUUGGGAUGACUGUGAUCCAAGUUAGCGCAACAGAUUUAGAUGAGGGUUCAAAUGGGCAGGUUGAAUAUUCAUUUGGAAACGACGUGGAUGCACAGGUACGUGAACGUUUUAAUAUAAACCGCGAGACUGGAGUCAUUGUUGUUUCAGGCACCAUAGAUUUCGAAGAAUGUAGCAGAUAUGAAAUUGAUGUUCAAGCAUCCGAUAAAGGCACAGCAACGCUGAACACAGAAACAAGUGUGAUAAUCAAUAUUGUCGAUUUAAAUGACAACGAACCAGAGGUUGAAGUGACGUCAUUUUCUCAAGCGCUCCCAGAAGACUCAAAGCCAGGGACAACAGUGGCGCUCAUUAGUGUGAAAGAUGCUGAUUCUGGUCUGAACGGAAAAGUUAUGUGUUACAUAAACCCAGAUAUUCCCUUCCUCUUAACUCCUUCCUUAAAGAAUAAUAUAUAUUCUCUAGUAACUAAAACGGGUCUAGACAGAGAACAGACAUUUCAAUACAACGUAUUAAUAGUUGCUAAGGAUGCAGGAGAACCAAGCUUACAUUCAGAAAUAAAUAUUAUAGUAGAUGUAUCUGAUGCAAAUGACAAUUUCCCCGAAUUCUCUAAAAAUCCGUACACAUUUUAUAUUCCUGAGAAUAACACUCCAGGUGNAAACGAUACAUGUUGGUUGGACCCAGAAUGA